CAGCUGAUGAUCGUCAACAUGUCAAAUUUUAUAGUUUUUAUAUCUUAUCAAAGAUUACUGGUGUCUGUUUAAUGUUUAUUUUUUACAAUACCCAUUCGUACAUUUAAUUAUAACAAUGACUAAUGUCUAAUUACUUCUAAAUACUAAUUGUUAGUCCAAAAAAGAAAUGUACCUCAACAGUGAGUGCCCAGUUUUCAAUCAACAUAUUUUUAAGUAGUGACUGAUUCAUAGUUUUCUUUGUACUUAUGAAGUUUAUUAAACCAUGUUCGUGAAACCACAAGAGGUGCUUAUAGCGAAUGCGUUCUGGGAAACAGAGAGAACUUCACUGUAUUUUGUUUUACAACAUAGAAAGGGCCAUGGGAACUCUAGAGGGUUUUCCUCGCUCCUUGUGGGAACCAUGGAUAGUAUCUUUGAUACCAAGCCUGCCCCUUAUAGAAUACUACAUCAGACUCCGUCUUCAGAGGUAUACCAAUUGAUAGCAUGUGCGUUGACUAAGAAGGAGAUUUUAGAGGACUGGGAAUGGUUGUUUGCCAAUGUUUCGGAAACUCUACACUCUUUUGAUAACGAAGAUGAUAUUACAGACUUUGUAAGCUGCAAAAUUGAGUCUGUGAUCGCAACAAGACAAAAUGUAGAAAUUGAAGAUGAAGACACAAAAUCAUUCAAGAGUACCACUGACAAGUACCACAGUCUGUUUCAAUUACCAUUGGAUGAAAAGUUGGUCAAUUAUUAUUCCUGCAGUUACUGGAAAGGCAAACUACCCCGUCAAGGAUGGAUGUACCUCUCCAUCAACUACUGUUGUUUUCACGCCUUCAUCCUUGGAACGGACACCAAGGUGUGCAUACGGUGGUCGGAGGUAACCAUUCUUACGAAGAAAAACGGACUGUUUCUGCCGGAUUCCAUACAGAUAUGUACCAGAGAGAAGGAGUACAAUUUCAGCAUGUUUAUGAGCAGGAACGAGACGUUCACUUUGAUGGAACAGCUCGUAGAUUUGGCGAUGAAAAGAUUAAUCGAUGAUAAACGAAGUUAUAGUGAAGACAAAGAACUGCUGAACAAAUUGAGUAAGAACGUUCCGAAGAAAGCUUCGUUCUUGAAAAGAGACUUGGACGCCAGAGCACAAUCGGAAGCAUAUAGGCUGAUGUUUAGGCUACCGGCGGCUGAAAAACUAGAUGGUUCGAUAGAUUGUACGAUGUUCACACCUUAUAAUAAGAAGCACAUCAAUGGACGUCUUUUUCUGUCUCAGAAUUAUAUUUGCUUCGAUAGUAGGGUAAAAGCCCAAGUUAGCGUAGUGAUUCCGUUAAGAGAGAUAGUAGUUACGGAGAAAAUAGAAACUAAUGUAUCAAAUCAACCCUUAGACAAAGCCAUCAUCGUGACCACCGGAGACGUAUUGAACAGAACAAACUUCAUUUUUGCACAAAUCUUAGAUAGAGACUUCCUUGUAGAAAAAAUCGCCGAACUGCUAGCCAAAACGAAAGAACCCACACGAAACAAGUUAACUGAGAGGCUCAAACUGAUAAAAGUAUCACCAGAUUCCAAACCAACCAGCGACUGGAAGUGCCAGCAAGCUCUGAUGAGGACAUUCCCGUUGAGUCCCAUUCCAGAUGUAUAUAAGAAACAGGAACGGAAAGUCAGGGAUUGGGAGGAACAUUUUAACAUAUACGGCCGAGGUGUUUCUAUGUAUCGAACCACAGACGUUUUUAGUCUAGUCUUAGAAGGUGUACCUGACCAUUUGAGGAUGGAAAUAUGGAUGUCUUUUUCUGGUGCUGCUCACGAAAAAGCUUCCCAUCCCGGUUAUUACCGAAAACUAGUCGAUAAAGCCUUAGUCCAACAGUCUACAGCUAAUGAUGAAAUAGAAAGAGAUCUGCAUCGGUCUUUGCCCGAACAUCCUGCCUUUCAAAAUACGAUAGGAAUUGAUGCCCUGAGGAGGGUUCUUUGCGCCUAUGCCCUUCACAAUCCCAGUAUUGGUUAUUGUCAGGCUAUGAACAUUGUUGCUUCCGUCCUUUUGAUAUACUGCAAUGAAGAAGAAGCUUUCUGGCUAUUGGCCACAUUGUGCGAGAAUCUCUUGCCAGACUAUUAUAACACUAGAGUAGUAGGAGCAGUAGUAGAUCAAGGAAUUUUAGAUGAAUUGAUCCUCGAGCAUUUGCCAAGUUUGCAUGACAAACUCAAUCAAUUAGGUAUGAUCAACAUGAUCUCAUUAUCAUGGUUCCUGACAAUAUUUUUAUGUGUGAUGCCUUACGAAAGUGCCGUUAACGUUAUGGAUUGUUUCUUCUAUGACAGUGCCAAAGUCAUUUUUCAAGUAGCUCUUAUGUUGCUGGAGUGGAACCAAGAGAAGCUUCUGGAGUGCCGAGAUGAAGGAGAAGCGAUGCAGUUGCUGUCAGAUUAUUUGAUCGGAGUUUUCAAUGACGAAGGAAGGGGAGCCAUAAGAAAUAAAGUUUAUGAUGAUCAAAAGAGGAGUAUAUCAGUCCAGGCUUUGAUAUACGAAGCAUACAGAAAAUACGGUUUUAUUACAACUGGGCAGAUAGAGCGACUUCGAUUGAAGCACCGACUAAGGGUAGUCCAAGAAUUAGAAGACAAUUCCGAGAAAAACGUUUUGAGGUGCGUGUCCGCAGAUGGAUAUUUCACGCAGGAGGAGCUGCAGGACCUUCUGUCCCUAGUUAGAGAAGAGAUAAUCAGCCAAAAGAAAUGUAUACCGGACAAGCAUGAUCCCUCGCUGCAGCCUUACGAAGCUUACAAAGUAGAUUUCGAUUAUUUCAAGAUUUUAUUCGCUGCGUUGUCUCCGUGGGGAAAAGGAGAAACGGCCGAGUUAUUAGCUGCCAGAAUAUUUAUGCUUAUGGACCAAAACCAAGAUAGUUACCUCAACUUUAAAGAACUAGUCAUGGCGCUGGGACUUACUUGCACAGCAGACGCAACGCAAAGACUCAAACUACUCUACGCCAUUCAUCUACCUCCCAUUCUAGUGAUGUCCGACAUAGAAUCUCCCGUUAAAAACGAACAAGGUACCGAAGUAGCGUCGGAAGCCACUGACUUCUUUACCACCACGGAGCAGUGUGUUAGUUUGGACAAUCUGGACCUGGCUGAGGUCCCAUCGCCCAGCGCUUCGUCGUACCAGUGGCAGAAAUCGUACGAUUCUCAGGCUUCAGUCGAAUCUAGUUCGCUAACUCCAGGCGAUAUUAAUUGGGAAUCGAAAAGUAUGACUAAUUUAAGGAACCUUGUUCAAUCCAAAGAUAGCAAACUGAAUAUGAAACCGGUUCCCAAAAUGUCGCAACCCAGGUUCAUCACAAUGUGGAAAUCAGUAUACGAUAUUCUCCAAGCAGAGCCAGAUGACUUGGUAAGUGAAAUUUAUCAAGCAAUUACAAACACUGUCACGUUGCUGUUUGAAUUAGGAGACGUUGGUAAAAAUUUUUUCGUUACCAGAGAUGAAUCUGAGGAUAGUCUAGCUUCUGCCGCCAUUGCUACGUUAGCAUCGUCGGAUAUUGAAAAAAUUUCCCCAGACAAGAAUGGCAACCCCUCGACCCCCAAAGCUGAAAUCCACUGGCACAUCACCGUCGAACAAUUUUUAGCGUCGAUCUUGAAUUCUCAACCCUUAGUGGACUUUUUCUCAAGAAGAAACCCGAUCAGCCAGAAGAUCCGGCAACUGAAAUCGAGAAAAUACGUAAGGAUGCAUUCGUUGUACAACGUAUCCGCUAUUAAAGUCUGAUAUUCCUUGAACUAACUCUCACUAUAUGUCUGCUACAUCGCUCAAUAUCUCUCAGCGAAUAAAAAAAGUCUUGUAGAAACUAUUUUAACGAACGAAACCAAAAAAUGGAAUGUAAGUUUGGUGAAUUUGGUAAAUGUUGCCUUUAAAUCGAUAUUUAAUCUCGAAUUACAGAUAUUUCGCAAGACAAAUAAGUCAAGUAGGGGAUGCUGAGCUACAAUGAAACACAAAAGUUGGUUUUACACAUAGCUAUUCCAACUUCUUCUUCAGGUGCCAUCUUCGCUACGGAUGUUGGCAAUCAUUAUAGCUAUUUUAAUUUUUGAGGCAGUAGCUCUAAAUAGUUAUUUUGAGCUGCAUCCAAACCCUUCUCUCAGGUUCUUCAGCCAUGAAAUUCGUCUUCUUCCAAUGCUUCUUCUGACAUCUAUCUUUCCUUGCAUUAUGAGUCGCAGGAUGCUAUACUUCUCGCCCCGUAUCACAUGACCGAGAUACUGUAGCUGUCUUUCUUUAAUUGUAAGUUCAACUUCCUUCUUUUUACCUAUUCUUCUCAGUACUUUAUUGCUCGUAACUCUGUCUACCCAGGAAACACUCAUUAUUCUUUAACGUCCAUGAUUUCACUCCAUAGUAUAGUACACUGUAUACGUAACAUUUUGUUAGGCGUACUUUAAGAGAUAAUGUUACAUCUUUGCUACAUAGGACCUUUUUCAUUUUCAUAAAAUUAGAACGUGCUUUUUCGAUUCUGACUUUGCUUUCUGCAGUGUAGUCUUUAUUUUUUGUUAUAAGUGUUCCUAGGUAAGUGUACUUUUUUACUCUUUCGUUUCUAUUCCAACUGAAACUUUGUUUUUCAACUUUUUAUUUUUUUUCUCUGUUACUUUAGGAUCUAAUCUAUGUAAGAAAUGAGUCAACCAUUAUUUUUCGCAUUUUGUGUGACCGUGAGCUGCCAUUUUCCAAAAACUUAAUUUUGUUUCAUUGUGACCCGUGCCGGAGUACAAUGAAACAGAGCCAUAGGCAUUUGAAAGAAAAGGUAGCUGGAGUAAGUUAAAAUUGUUGAAAUCGAUUCUGAAUGAAAUUAAACCUUUUUGUCUGAGUACCUUGAGCCACAGAGGGAUUUCCCAACAGCAUCUUUGUGUCUGUGUCAUUCUUCUUCUUCAUGUGCCUUGUUCGUUGCGGACGUUGGCUAUCGUCGUAGCAAUUUUAAUUUUGUUUGCGGCUUUUCUGAAUAACUCGAUCGAUUAAUCCAAACCCUUGGUGUAAGUUUUGAAGCUAUGAGUGUCUUCUUCUUCCGGGUCCACGCUUGCUCUCUAUUUUACCGUGUAUUAUCAGUUGGAGUAUAUAUUUAUCAUGUCUCAUAAUAUGACCGAGGUAUUCAAAUUUCUUUUUGUUUUCCCAUUCCGCGCGAUACCUCUACGUUGGUGGUGUGAGUCGUCCAGGAUAUUUUGAGGAUACGUCGGUACACCCACAUUUCGAAUGCCUCAAGCUUCCUGAUUAAUGUUUCCGUUAUUGUCCAUGCCUCUGCGCCAUACAGCACGACGGGAAAUACAUAGCAUUUUAGCAGCCGUACUUUUAGUGGGAGACAUAUGUAGCAAUGGAUGAAUAUAUUUCUCAUGUUAUUAAAUAUUGCUCUGGCCUUUUCAAUUCUAUUUCUGGUCCCAUUUCGAGUUGACGACUGUUCCAAGGUAUAUAUACGAAUCAACGUGUUGAAUUAAUUGGUUUUUUAUUUUCAAUUGUCUGACAGGUUUUUGAGUUUUGCUGACCAGCAUCCAUUUUGUUUAUUUAUGUUGAGGUUAAGUCCUCUUUGUUCAUUCGCUCUUUGUACCCUCUCCAUAAAAUACUGAAGUUCAUCGAUACUACUGGCAAGUACAACUCUGUAUCGUCCGCAUAUCGGAUAUUAGUGAUCAAUUCUUCAUUGAUUUUUAUACCUUCGUUUGUUUCAUCCAGUGCUUUUUUAAAAAUUUGUUCGGAGUACAUAUUAAAAAGGAGAGGGGAGAGAGCACAUCCCUGUGGAACAUCUUUUCUGAUAUCAAUGCUCUUUGUAGACGAAUUGCCAACUUUUACCCUGGCUGUCUGAUUCCAUUAGAGACUUGUCACAAUUCGGAUGUGUUUAUCAUCAAUUCCUAUGUUUUGUAGAAUUUCAAUUAGUUGGUCAUGUCUCACAUUGUCAAAGCCCUUCGAGUAAUCUACAAAGCACAUGUAGACAUCCUUGUUCAUAUCUCUACACCUCUGUACGAAUACUUACAGACAAAACACUGCCUCCCUUGUGCCCAAUGCGUUCCUAAAACCAAAUUGUGACUCGUUGAUUUCCGCUUCACACUUGUUGUAGAUUCUGUUGUAUAUGAUUUUGGUGAAGACUUGGUGAUAUGAUUAAUUAGGCUUAUCAGUCUAUGUUGGUCGCACAAUUUAGUGUUUGGUUUUUUAGGUAUGACCACGAAGGUUGAUUGUAACCAAUUUUCCGGAAUUCUGCCGCUGUCUGUGCUGUUAGCCGUGGCAAUGUCAUCUACAGAUGUUGCUGCAUUUUCGGCAUCGUAGGAAUUUGACUUCGUAGUCUUCCUCAUCUUUCAUCUUGCUGAUUCGACUAACGAAGAAUUUUGAUUGGCUCCUAGUUUUGAAUUGAACUAAAACAAUCAUCUAAAACAGGAAGACGGAACAAUUGUGCAAAGGGAUCAGGCUCAACAGCAAACAAAUUCUCAUCAAUGUCCAUACCAUCGUCCGUGCCAUAUUAAACGUCUUCAUCGUCAUCCUCUGAUGAACCAACGUCCAGAUUUUUUGUUCUUGGGUCCAAACAACCUCCUUUUUGCUGCCUUCUUCAUGGAAAGUGAAACCUGGUUCUUCUUUUCUGCAGUGGUUUUCAUCUCUUGAGUGCUCGUAGCUACCAUACUCUCGCCUUUCUUCAUCGACUUUGGAUCAGUUUUGCGUUCUCCUGCAUUUGGAUAACCACGAAAAUCUUAAGGAGAGAGGAAAGCUUGACCUGGACCAGCUCCUUUAUCAACCAUGUGUCUUAGGUGGUUGAUGAUCCAGAGUGUAUCCCACUUUCAUCAGAAAAGACCCCCUGCUUUUCCGAUGAGCUGUGUUCACGAAGGAUGUUGUAUUAUAAAUUGAUGCUGUUUUCUCAAGGUUUUGGAUCAUCCAAGUGUCCAGAGCUUCAUUAUAGUAAGUCUUGAAAGGCCCAAAGAUAGCAACAUCCAGUGAUUGCAUUUUAUCUGUCUUUCGUUUUCUCUUUUCUAUCUGUCUCUAGCUCGUUGAUUUCCCAAUUUUAAUAGUAAUACAAGUCUUGUAUAUUAUGUCCACGUCUAUAUUCAUUUGAAUGUUAAUUUUUAAAAUGUCUUUAUUUAUUGAUUCUAUUUGAAAAUUGAGUAUGUGUAUGUAGAAUUGUAAAUAUUUUAUCUUAUAUUUUGAAGUCUCCUGUAUAAUUUUUCUUAAUUAUUAUUACGAGCACGAAAUAAGAGUCGGCCUUACGCAUAUGGACCUACGUUGGUCCAGAUGGGUGGAACGGAUUGGGAUUACUACGGUAGCCCAGUCGGUGCGAACUACUUUUAACUUCGAAUCUUUAAGACAUAAGUAAGAAUAUCAUUCGCCACUGUGUAAACCAAUUUUCAUUACUAAUAGAGAGCGAAAUUUAUUGCAGUAGAAUUUUAAUAGUUUCGGAUUUAAGCAUGAAGAGGGGAAGAAAGGAGACGGUUUUGGUUAGUGUGGGAGUCAAUACAGUUAGUCGAUUUUAACAUCAGAACCUCGACGGACGUGUUAUUUGGGAUAAUCGAAAAAGACGCAACUUAAAGAGACGCUUUAAGACGGGUAUUAUGACAAGCCGGUUAUAAUAUUGAUUAGACGCAAUUAUUUCCAAAUACAUUUCUUUUUGUAAGAACAAGUACAUUUUGGUCGCAAUUACACAAACACAGACUGUUAAACAUCACACGGACUUUUAUUACGAUUAUCUUUAACGAAUCCUACAUAUAUAUGAUUUUUAUUUAGUAUUUAAUUAACAAUGUGCUCAGAAAAAGCUGUAAAUUAAUGUUUUACGUAGUAUACAUCUUAUUUUUCAUAUUUUAUUGCUUUAUAGGUUUAGAGGAUGAUGUUUUGAUCAUUUUUCCAUUUAUUGUGAUCUGAUAGUACAAUUUUUUACAAAAAGACAUAAGGCAUAAAUUAUAGUUUUAAUAGUUUCAAUUAUUAAAAGCAAACUGCAAUUCUAUUUGUUGGUUUCUGUUUAUUUUAUUUAACCAAGUCAGUAUUUUAUCGAAUUUGAAAGAAAAUCAAGCAAUAUUCUAUGGCUGGUAGAUAGUUUGUUUUGAUAGAUAGCUUGUUUUAACUGUUACAGAGCUUUUCCGUUGUAUUUCAGCAGCAAAAGUAAUUUUUAUGAGAAGUAUUUUCUUUAUACACCAAGAGAGAAACAUAAUUACUUUUUUUGCAAUUUUUUUAUAUUUUAGAAUCACAAUUGCUUCUACUAAAGGUGUAGCAUGAAACGCUUAUAUUAUGAAAUUAUUUACUUCCCUUAGUUUUACUGCAAGUAGUCAUCUUGUGAUGAGUGAUGAAGACGAUGAUGCUAUCCAACCUCCGAUUAGGUGACGGCACUUAAAGAAGAAGUCAUCUUGUGACUAAUUACACAAAAGAAGUGGUGAAACUCAAAGAUUGACUAAUCUCUAACGUCACACCUCGUCGUACUUGAUCUAUUAUUAUGCUUAUUAUUUUCUCAGUCUUCUCAUAAAAAUUACUUUAGUCCAGAGUAAUAAGGAUUUUCUCGGGACACUCAAAGAUCCAGGUAGCUGACUACUUUUUUAGUUAUUGUAGACCUAUAGGAAGAAAACCUACCUGUUUCCUGCCUAGAAUUCGCGUCCGUUUUUUAAUUAUUAACAAUUUAGUGCAAAAAUCGCGAUUUUUUUCGAUUUUUUGCACCCCAUUCAAAAGCUAAAUAGUUGACAUAAAAUUACAAAAUUCAGUUUUUUAGAAUAUUGAAAACCCUUCAAAAUGCCGAUUUUUGAAAGUUAAAAAGUUAAUUUGUUGCUACGCAAACUGCAAAAUAAGUGAAAAUCGUUCUUUGUUAAUAACUUUUACUAAAACUACCUUGGAACUUUAGUGUUUCACCCAAAGUUGGGUAUUGGCGUACUUAACAAACCUUCAAAAUUUGAGACCGAUCCAUUAAUUAGUUUAAGAGUUAUUCUAUUUGUUUAUCUCAGAUACCUUUAUUUUGCAAUAAGAUAAAACAGAAAAUAAUGAAGAUAGGGCAAUUCUUAGUAUGCCAAAUGAAAGUAGAAGAGUGAUAGUAUCAAAAUGUAUUAAAAAAAGAUAAAAAAAAUAAUAUAGUCAAAAAUCCUAAUGCCAAAUUUUUGAAAUUUUGUAGUUUAUAAACAUUUAGAAUAACUUUAAAAAUGUUGUCCGUAGAAACAAUAUUUUUAUAUAUUCGAAAAGAUAGUAUUUUAAUACGAAUUUUCAAAUAAAAAAAUUUAGCCUGGGUUCAUUUGGGACAAAGUUGGCCAUGUCUUUUUUUUAAUUCACAGCUAAUUUGCUUAUAAUAAUUAAGGAAUCUCAUUAUAAUUUUCUGUAUCUCCGGAUCAACUCAAUGGAUUUUUAUCUUUCUUUUUUUAAUUUGUAUGUAAUUUCUACGUACAUUACAAAUAUGCAAUUUGUUUAUAAAUUUAUUAAUUAAUAAACAGUCUAAUUUGUUUAAAGAAUUCUUGAAAAAAUAUUUUUUUUUACAAAAAUCUAUUUUUUAAUCAUACACUCUGGACCAAAAUUAACCGGCCACCUUAAAAAUAGGUCAUUUUUGAUGUCUUUUAUCUCCUAAACCUGUUGUCCGAUUUAGGUGAUUUUUUUAAUAUGUUAUAGCCUUAUUCCUUGACAAUAUCGUUGUAAUAAUAUCGUUGCCAAACCGGUAAAUUUUCAUUGUAUACCGGGUGUACGAAUCAAACUGUGUUUUUUUCUUAAAGUUUGCAUCACCCUGUGGAAUAUUCUAGCAUUUGUAGAAUACUGAUAUUAAAACCUGACUAUAGCCUUAUGCUUCCUCAACAUUUUGGUGUUUGAUUGAUUCGCUUAUGUUGGAUAAUAAAAAAGUUAGGUGUUUUAACAACUAGACAUGCUGUUUAUCAAUACAGAGUUUAAGAAAUUUUAGCAAAGUUUAAGGGGUUAUUCUGCAUAAAAAAAUAAUGACAGUUUGCUUAAUAAACUUAGGCCCACAAAUGCUUUGUUUCCGAGAUAGGGGGUGUUGAAAUUUUUCUGAGAAACUGACGAUUUAUUUAUUGCUUUAAAACCAGUUGAGAUAUGCAAAUGCAAUUUGGUGGGUUUUAAUACGUAGUUAUUGCAAAUUUUUUGGCAUACAAUUAAGCAUUUAAUAUUCACCAUUGGCGUGCAUACGGGUAAUAUGAUGGCUCAUAUUACCCGUAUGCGCGCCAAUGGUGAAUAUUAAAUUCUUAAUUGUAUGCCAAAAAAUAUGCAAUAACUACGUCAUAAAACCCACCACAUUGCAUUUGCAUAUCUUAACUGGUUUUAAAGCAAUAAAUAAAUCGUCAGUUUGUCAGAAAAAUUUCAACACCCCCUAUCUCGCAAACGAAGCAUUUGCGGACCUAAGUUUAUAAAGCAAACUGUCAUUAUUUUUUCAUGCAGAAUUACUCCUUAAACUUUGCCAACAUUUUUUAAAAACACCCUGUAUUGAUAAAAAACAUGUCUAGUUGUUAAAGCACCUAACUUUUUUAUUAUCCAACAUAAGCGAAUCAAUCAAACAACAAAAUGUUGAGAAAGCAUGAAGCUAUAGUUAGGUUUUAAUUUCAGUAUUCUACAAAUGCUAUAAUAUUCCACAGGGUGAUGCAAACUUUCAGAAAAAAACACAGUUUGAUUCGUACACCCGGUAUACAAUGAAAAUUUACCUGUUUAGCAACAAUAUUAUUAUAACUAUAUUGUUAAGGAAUAAGGCUAUAACAUAUAAAAAAAAAUCACUUAAAUAGGACAACAGGUUUAGGAGAUAUAAGACAUCAAAAAUGACCCAUUUUUAAGGUGGCCCGUUAAUUUUGGUCCAGAGUGUAGUAUCAUUAAUGAUUAUAGAAAAAGUUAAAGUACACUUUAACAAAUAAAUGAUUUUUAUUAGAUAAUUAUUUAUUGAAGAUAAUUUAUUUAUUAAAGUAUACCUUAACUUUUUCUAUGAUUAAUAACGAUAGUAUGAUUAAAAUCAUGGAUUUUUGGAAAAACAUAAUUUUUUCAAAAAUUGUUUAAACAAAUUAGACUGUUUAUUAAUUAAUAAAUAUCUAGACAAAUUGCAUAUUUGCUAUGUACAGAAAAAUUACAUAAAAAUUAAAAAAGAACGAUCAAAAUAUAUUUAGUAGAUCCCGAGAUAUAGAAAAUGAUAGUAGUUUUAAGUUGCCCUUUUUAGUUUUUGAACUCGUGCAUUUGUCGGCUCCCAGCUCCCCCUUCACUUACCACGAAUAGUCACCAAUUGAACUACAUUUUUAAAAAUUCGUGAAACAUACCAGCUUUUCUGAUAUGUAAAAUGAUUUUUUCUACAGACAAUAUUUUUAAAGUUAUUCUAAAUGUUUAUAAAAUACAAAAUUUCACAAAUUUGUCGUUAGGAUUUUUGACUAUAUUAGAUAAUUUUUUAUCUUUUUUUAGUACAUUUUGAUAGCAUCAGUUUUCUACUUUCAUUUGGCAUACGCAGAAUUGCCCUAUCUUCAUUAUUUCCUGUCUUAUCUUAUUGCAAAAUAAAGGUCUCUGGAAUAAACAAUUAGAAUAACUCUUAAACUAAUCAAUGGGUCGAUCUCAAAUUUUGAGGGUUUGUUAAGUACCCCAAUACCCAACUUCGGGUGAAACACUAAAGUUCUACGGUAGUUUUAGUAAAAGUUAUUAACAAAUAACGAUUUUCACUUAUUUUGCAGUUUGCGUAGUAACAAAUUAACUUCUUAACUUUUUAAAAAUCGGCAUUUUGAAGGUUUUUUAAUGUUCUAUUCCGAUGGGUGAGUUGCGGAAUUUAAUUGAAAUAAAUGUAAUAAAACGACCAAGAAAUAAUGUGUACAAACGAAUGGUAAUUUUUAUUGUUAAAACGAAAAUGUGUUUCGUUUUUAGUCUCUCGGAAGGUCGAGCCGGUAUACGUGUUUAUCGUUCACAUCUUGGCUAGUGACUGAUAUAGAAAACCCACAAACGGUUUGUUAUCUUUCUUCCCGUUGACCAGAUGACCGAACGAUAAACCAUUUAUGGUCUGGCGUCUACUAUUGCAGUUAACAAUCUCGAUGCAUUAGGUGGGUUGUUGACACAAUAAUUGUCUGAUAAAGUACUUAAUUAAUGAGGGUGCACUUUGUUGCCGCAUAGACGAGAAACAGCUGUGACAGGGUAAAGCCCUGGUAUUUGAAUGUGCAUUUCGAAUGACAACGUUGUUUCGUUUUUGAGAAAGAAUAAUGAAAGAAAUAAGAUAAUAAAAUUAGCGGAAAUAGUAAUUAUAGCGUAAUGCUAAAGUUCUAAAAAAUUAAAUUUUGUAAUUUUAUGUCAACUAUUUAGCCUUUGAAUUGGGUGGAAAAAAUCGAAAAAAUCGCGAUUUUUGCACUAAAUUGUUAAUAAUUAAAACACAGACGCGAACUCUAGGCAGGAAACAGGUAGGUUUUCUUCCUAUUGGUCUAUAAUAACUAAAAAAGUAGUCAGCUACCUCAGCUAGAUCUUUGAGUGUCCCGAACAUGGUCUAUUUCUAGCUUAUUACCCUGGAGUACUUGUUGGGCGUAUGUACUUUAUUUUGGUAUUAAACAUCUUCAGCAGCUAUUUUGUAUAUAUUAUAACGAUAAAUAAAUGCAUUUUAUAAAAUGAUUUUAUCUCUAGUGCAAUAUUCUUUUUAGUUGUAAUUUUUAUUAUAAAAAAACCUAAAAUCGGUAAUCAACUUGAGUAGUAAAGAUGAAAGCAGUGUCCCUAAUUUUACACAUUCCGAGAAACAUAUUUGAAUGGUGCUACAACCCUUAAAAGCCAUAUAGACCGGGCUGCAUCGUCGCCCCCGCUAGCGAAAUUAUUCCGAUUCGAUUUUUUUUGCACAAACUUACUCAAAAAGAGGUCAUUAUAACAUAUCCACAGGGUGCCGGGCGGUGCCGUGGUCGAAAAAUUGCUUAAACAAUUUUUUUUAAACAAAUUCACAAAAAUAUUUUUUUUUUAUAUAAUUUGGGUCAUUCUGAGCAAAAAAGGUAUCUUGUUAUUUUUCUCUAAAAUUGAUUUUUGUCGAGUUAUAUGCGAUUAAAAAUUUGAAAAAUGCGAAAAUAGCCAUUUUUAAGGCCUAAACUCGAUUAAAAAUUAUUAUGAAAUUCAUAAAGUGACCAAAUCAAGUUUUAAACCCCUUCAAGGCCCUGAAGAGAUUUUUGUCAUUAUUUUAUUACAAAGCUGUUAUUUUUAAUCAUUAACAAUUAGCGCUAUAGUCCAGGAUAUAUCGUCGCCCCCGUUAGUGAAAUUAUUCCGAUUCGAUUUUUUUGACAAAUUUGCUCAAAAAGAGGUCCUUAUAACAUAUCCACAGGGUGCCGGGCGGUGCCGUGGCCGAAAAAUUGUUUAAACAAAUUCACAAAAAUAAUUCUUUCACUUCGAUCAAUUUUUUUUUAGAUAAUUUGGGACAUUGAGCAAAAAAAGGUAUCAAUUUUAGAGAAAAAUCACAAGAGACCUUUUUUGCUCAGAAUAACCCAAAUUAUCUAAAAAAAAACGUUCGCAAUGAAAAACUUAUUUUUGUGAAUUUGUUUAAAAAAAAUAGAUUAAACAAUUUUUCGAGCACGGCACCCUGUGGAUGUGUUAUAAGGACCUCUUUUUGAGUAAGUUUGUGCAAAAAAAUCUAAUCGAAAUAGUUUCGGUAACGGGGGCGACGAUACAGUUUUGGACUAUAGCGCUAAUUGUUAAUAAUUAAAAAUAGCAGCUUUGAAAUAAUGACAAAAAUCUCUUCAGUACCUUGAAGAAGGGGUUUGAAACUUGAUUUGGUCACUUUUUGAAUUUCAUAAUAAUAAUUUUUAAUCGAGUUAUUAAGACUUGAAAAUGGCCAUUUUCGCAUUUUUCAAAUUUUUAAUCGCAUAUAACUCGACAACAAUCAAUUUUAGAGAAUAAUCACAAGAGACCUUUUUUGCCAGGAAUGACCCGUUAUCCAAAAAAAUAUUGUUCGAAAUAAAAAAAUUAUUUUUGUGAAUUUGUUUAAAAAAAAUUGUUUUAACAAUUUUUCGACCACGGCACCCUGUGGAUAUGUUAUAAGGACCUCUUUUUGAGUAAGUUUGUGCAAAAAAAUCGAAUCGGAAUAAUUUCGCUAGCGGGGGCGACGAUACAGCCCAUGCUAAUAGCAUAGUCUCAUCUACAACUUGUUUUCAACACUACUCUGCUUGUUAUUACCUCCUUUUCUAAGAAGAUUUUCUAUAUUAUAUUUCUGGAUCGUCCCAGUAACCUUAUUUGCUGAUUGAAAUGAAUAAGUAGUUUGGGCACUCUGUCAUUGUUAAAACAUUCUAAAUUCUAAGCCUAUUCGCUUUCACGAAUUGUAUUAUGGAUGUGUAUGGUGCAAGAGGUCUUUCACACAUUCUUUACUGUGAAAAUCCACUCUCUUUUCAUUAAAACCACUAAUAAGCAACUAAAAAGCACUUUUCUGAAUAUUACCCUUUACCAUAUCGUUAACAGAUUUUCAUGAUUUUAGAGCUUGAGAGUCCAUGUUUUUGAUUUUAUAAUAGGUCCAAUAACGGUACUACUUCUACUACAAAGUUUAUUUUUGUCCCCGCAUUAGAUAGCCCAACUAUUCCAAUUUGUAGUAUUGCAAAUCUUUUAACAUUUCUCUGUGUCUUCUUAAUUGUUUUUAUCAGUCUUUCUUUGUUUUUUUUAUAUUAUCCAUCUCUUUCUUUUCGUAAUAUCAGGUUUUGUUCCAAAGUCUUCGUACAAACAAAAUCAACAUCAUCACUAAAUGAUAGGAGCUGAAUGGUUCUGUUUAAACUGAUAUUUCUUGGGUUAUGUGAAAUUUUUCUUGGAACUGCUUCUACACAGUUUUAUAAACGGGAUCCGCAAUAUUUACUUUAGCCCCAGAUCGAAGUGGAUUUCAUUAGAAAGUUUUAUGUACAAGAAAUGAUAAAAAAUUACAUCCAGUGUGCUCUUUUUCCGUCAUAGUCCUUUGUUCCUUCGUAUAUGUUACGUCGUACCUUUCUUUCGCGUCAUUCCAAUAUCUGUGUAUCUUUCUGACUUAAUCGAUUUGAAUGAUUAAUUCUGUCUCAUCGAGAUUGUCUACUAUGAAAUAGUAUCCUCUAGGUAGAUGCUAGUUUGGUAUAGUAACAUGUACAGUUUUGUAUUUUUUUAUGGUUUGACUAUCGGAUCCUUAUUUCCCUUGAUCAGGAUCCUAUGCUGAAUGCAUCGGAGGUUUACAUCGUAGUAGGGGCUGUGUAACGUGUCAAAUCUUUAAAAACUGUAUUACAGAAUAGUACAAAUUAUAUUAACAUAAUUUCUUGUAAAGUAGUUCCCUUCGCAGCAUAUUCACUUAUUCCAAGGUAGUUUCCACUUCUAGAGAAUGUAUAAACUGUUGAAAGACUGUUUUGUGGAACGCUAUUACCUUAUCCAGCGUUUUUAUUUAAUAUUUUUAAUAGUGUUAAUCCUUUGCCUUUUCAAAAAACUCGUUAAAUUUGAAAAUCAAGAAAAAAUGGUAAGCGCUAGGUCUGGUGAGUAGGACAGCUGAUUGAUGUUGAUUCUGAGAGGAAUCACGAAUGAGUAACUCAGAAUCAACUAAUGCGUUGUAGUGGUUCAGCACUUAGUCUUCAUUUUGCCACAUCUUAAUCUUUUCCUUAACACAGCAUCACACAAAUUUCUUAGUGUUUGAAAUUAACCAAAACGACUAUUUGUUUCAUCUCAUGGAAGAAACUCGUAAUAGACCACACACUUCACCAUCAUCUUGGUGCUACAGCCCUUAGAGGGCCUCGACCUUCUCAAGCUUUCUACGCCAUUCUGUUCUGUCCCUUGCUUGCAUUUUCCAGUUGCCGACUCCGAUCUUCUCGGCAUCCUGUGUUACCCUGUCCAUCCACCUCAGCUUUGGUCUACCCCGUCUUCUCAUUCCCACGGGUUGCGCUGUUAGAAUAUUUUUUAUCAUGUUACCACACACUUCCAGUUCACAAAUACACUGGACACGUCUUCAGUUGCAACGUUGCCAAGCCAUGUAAAAGCACAUUUUAUCAAAAAUAAUUUGUAAUCGAACAUUAGAGAAAUUAAAUUAAAACUGUUUUAGAAAGGCGAUCUACAAUCUUAGGAUUCAUAUGUGUCAUAACUUCAUAACUAUAGUGUAUCAAAUAAACUUAAACGCAUACGUAUCCUAAAAUUGUAGAUUGUCUUUCUAAAACGGUUUUAAUUUAAUCUCUCUAAUGUUCGAUAACAAAUUCUUUUUGAUAAAAUCGGCAUCACCGCGCUAAAAACUCUUAUAAGGACUAUUGCCUAUGUUCCCUAUACUGUAAAGUCAAGGUGGGACGGAAUAUAGUACUACAUAGAAAUUAAUCUAGUACUUCUAAUGAUGUAGAAUAGUUAAUCAAGUGACAUAGACUAGAAUUAGAAUCGGUGCUUGUAUAGGUUUAUUUUGUAUAGUCUUUUUGAUUACCGAUUUUUUGGGCUGAUAUUUAUCUAAUUUUUAUAUAUAAUUAAUGAUAAUCGUUGAAAAUUACUUUAAUCAUGCUAUAUAUAUUUUUUAUUAAUUGUAAUAUACUAUUAACAUUU